CAAGAGCAUUAAAUUCAAUGACUACGGUGUGUUAGUGUGCGUGCAGGUGAGAUGAACGUGUAGAGCGGGACCGCGAGAACCUCCGCCGCUCGCGCAGGUAGAGCCGCGGCCCGCGCCAGUAUCGACACGCGCCCCGCGCGGCCGCGUUCCUUCGCACGGUCACUGUCCGCGUCUCGCCGCGUAAACAAGACCGCAACCGCAAAACACCUGUACUAAAACAUAAACAAAGUGCAAGCAGUGCCCUGACAAUCUAAGCGACCAGUGCCUCUCACUAAACAUCAGAUCGCGACAAGAUAAUAGUGCGAAUGCCACGGUCCGCGGCCUACGCAGCCGGCGUCCCCUCCCCCGUUCAUUCAAGGACCAAUAGUUGUAUUGAACCCAUGCCGCCUCAGCUUUCGCGUGUGCGCAAUCUGUGCCGUUUUUGAAAUGAAUCACAUAAACAUCACACGGCCUCUCUGAGCUGAUGACAGUCUGCGAAUCGGCUCUAACGACAAUGUCAAUCAAUCAAAAUGGAGUUCAGUUCAACAAACAGAAACAGCAACAGCAACUAGGUAAACAGGGCCCGGAACCGGUCAACUUUCCACCGCGGUAUCAUCCGCCUCCGCCGUCCGCGGCCGGUCCCAAACUAGCCACUAUUGACCCGUCCGCGAAGGAGUUCAAACCUCCUUACGCGGGGAAACCUGUGGACCCCAAUAAAAUACAAUAUCCCCUAGGAGCUCAACCUGCUGCAUACCCGGGGGGAUCGAUUCCCUUUUCGAAGUAUCCCCAAGGAUACCCGGCAGGGUACCCUCAAGCGCCGGGAGCUUUACGUGUGUUACGACCCACGGGGGAGGUGGUCACGAAGGCGAUCGUGCACGAGCCCGGGCAACCCACGGCACGCGCGCGCAGUGCGGACGAUACCCAGCGCGUGCAGCGAAACCUCGAGGAGGAGCAGAUCCACAGGAGAUCAGCUGACAUGCUCAAAUUCACUAAGCGAGUGGAACCUGAUGGUCCCCGAGCUUCGACGGACCAGCGGCGUCAAAUUCAGACACUUUUGGACGAGAUAAAAGCAUUGAAAGACGCUAACCGAAGACUGAGCGACGACAAUCAGGAGCUCCGUGACUUGUGUUGCUUCUUAGAUGAUGAUCGACAGAAAGGAAGAAAGUUAGCACGCGAAUGGCAAAGAUUCGGCAGAUACACGGCGUCGGUUAUGAGACAGGAAGUUUCAGCGUAUCAAAGCAAACUAAGGGAACUGGACGACAAACAGCAGGAACUGAUAAGAGAUAAUUUAGAGUUAAAAGAGUUGUGCUUGUACUUGGACGAGGAGCGCGAGAGGAGCACAUGUGUAAACUGCGGACGAGCGGCGGGCCGAGAACGAGACGACGGCGACGGCAGCAGCAAUGGCACCAACGCCGAGGAGGUGCGCGCACUCGCCGCACCCGUCACGCACCCGCAGCUGGCCGAGCGCACGGUGCAGUACGUGCGCGACCUGGAGCAGAAGGUUCGACGACUGGAGGCAGAGAAAGGGGUCAACGGCGGCAUCGGCGAGCGACCCGAAGCGGUUGUGCGCGCGUUGCAAGUGUUAGAAGUCAGAGAGCGAGUGGAGAGAGAAAGAAGGAGACCAGCUCCUGACUUAGACUCUGGUGAGCAGGCCCUCGUACGAGAAAUGUGCAAUGUGGUAUGGGGUAAGCUAGAAGACGCCCCACCUCAAGCGCCUCCACGGUAAAAAAUCUACAGAAGUUAACUACUAAAGAUACUACAGUACAAAUAAAAUGUAUACGCGAAAUACUGUUACCCGCCGGAGUUUGAUUGGAAUCUGACUGUAUCGAGGUCACGGCGAGAUCGGAGGGGUCUCGUGACCCACAGACAACAGAUUGUAAGGUUGACCUUGUUUACUGAAUGUAAGAGCGGUGGGAUUUAGUUAAUGAAACGAGUGAAACGACCGACGCGUGUUAUGAUGCUUGCCGAGAUUAUAAUAACAAAUCGUAUGAGAAACCGAAAAGUACAAAUCUAUAAAUUGUGUUACAAAACUAGCAAGUGUAAGUUAUUUUCAUAGUGUUCUUGAAGCUCAAAUUUACUAUCGUGGAUUCCUAUUUCACUACAGAAGCUGACAUACCUACUUAUUUGUAUUUGCUUCGCAUUUUUUUCUUGGUAUGAUGCGUAGUAAUUAAUAUAAGUGUGUGGAUUGAAAUUAUUGCUUACUUAUGUUAGCUAUUGUAUUUUAAUAUAUUGGUUCUGUUAAUUUAAAUAUUAAUGAGGCUAAAAAAAUUAAACGGCUGACGACUUCUAAUGGCCAAUACCUAUCUUUCCUCUCAAAUGUUUUAUAUUUUUACCUGACUUCUAAAUUAAUUCAAGCUUAAAAAGUCCAGUUUUUGCCUUGUCUUAGCCAGUAUUUUAACGGAGUUACUAGAUAAACCAGGUAUAAAGGUGACAAGGGUUAAGACGAAACCAGGACAAGAUGAACGCUAUGAAAUCAUCAUAAAUUUGGGCUAAUGAAAGUACACUAGAAAAUGUCGCAAAAAAAAAACAGCGUUUUGCAGCACCAGGCGAUAAACAAUAAUGAUACUUGAACAUUUCUUAUUCUUUUACAUACAUACAUAACCCAGUGGCAUUGUUCUCCUCGCGGACAAUUAACGUCAUUUAAAUUUGGAAUUUGAUUAAUUAAAAUAAAAUCGAAAUUCCUUCAACACUGUAAUCCCUUAACGAGUAUCUACCGUGACGUGUGACAAAAUCGUACGAACUACCCGUUCGCUUCAAGUUGGCCGCUACCUCCCGGCCCGCUUCCCCGCCCCACCCCCUCUCUACAAACUCGAAAUUAGUAGCUGAAAAAAGCAAAAUCACUCGUAUUUUUGGAAAUAGAUACCUACUUUAUGUUGCAUAUUAAAUUAAGCAUCUGGUCCUGAUAUCUAUUAGUAUUUCGUAUCGAAAUUCACAUCCCGCUCAUCUAGAUAAUUUUCCUAAAAUGAAUUAAACAUGCUCGUGGCUCUGUGAGCUGUAGACCUGCCGAUAGCUCCGCCUAGAAAAAAUUCCAAUAAUCGACAAAAGAAAAAUCUAUUUAAUAAUCGAACCUGGUCACAAAAUUUCACGAGAAUCGGUUUAGAAUUGCGACCUGUAGAGAACAUCCGGACAUGCCAAAGCAUUUUUGCAAACAAGCUGAAAUGGAGACCUUCGCAAACGCUUCGGUCAAAUAUCUGACACGAAUUUCUUUUGAUACUUUUACCAUAAUUAACACGAAAACAUUUAAAAAUAACACUAUUAUCCUCAAAUGACACGACAAAUAAGUGGCGAUUGUCAUUUAAAAAGUUUUAUAUAAAUCUCAGUAUCAGCUUUUAUUCGCCCAAAUCUAGUGUUCGUUUUGUCCCGAACAAAAUACUGUGUUCUUCUUACCCCAUCUCACCUUAUAUACCUAUGCAAGGGUCUGAUUUAAGACCCUGACGUUGUAAGCACUUUAUAUAUUUACUGCAACUGUCCUUAUCAAAUAUGUUCAUGUUAUUAAUUUAUUACUCAAAUUAUUAGUUGUGCUUAAAUUAAAUAAAUUAUUCGAGGUUUACUUUUUUA